CUUCUGACGUUCUCCGUAGAUCUCCCGUUGCCUUAACGUUAUCGCCUCUAUCAGUGUGGGGAAGGAUGCAUCCUUUGAAGCUUCCCCGCGCUCGUUUACGGCCUCCAACCCUUUACCCGACGAACGCGAGCACCUUUCUUCCUAUCAACAGGCCCUUUGAUCUGCUAUAUAAGAUCGUAGAAUCAUCUCAAAUGUACUCCUGUAAAGCAAUUUGUCACUACAGAUCCCGAAACAAUGCCUCACGAAGUCGACAUCGAUGCCGCUGCACCUCCUCCCACGACCUCGAAGGUAGCUUCAGACACCCUCAAAAUCGGCACAGACGAGAACCACUGGCUCUACCACCCCUCCUCCCAAACCUAUGACUUAACCCGUCAGCGCUGUCCUCCCUCCGCCACCCUCGCCCUCCGCACAACAACCCAAUCCCUCCUCCUCGCUCCCCGCCGUACCGCUCUUGUCGUCAUUGACAUGCAGAACUUCUUUUUGUCCGAGAAGUUGGGAAGGGGUGAUGGUGGUCGUAACUUGUCGCCAGGGAUUGCGAGGGCGUGCAAGGCGGUCAGGAAGGCGGGUGGUAUUGUGGUAUGGAUUAACUGGGGUGUUCCGGCGAAUUGCGAUGGGAUGCCACCGAUCAUCUUACGCUCCUUUUCAUUGCCCACGACAUUCUCGGUUCAGGCCGAUGCUGAUGGGAAAGAAGGCAAGGCGAACCCUGGUGUUUACACAGGCUUCGGUAGCGAACUUCCUGAUGGCCUCGGGAAACUCCUCGUUAAAGACACCUGGUCUGCAGACGUCCACGAUAGCUUGAAGCCGGAGAUGCUCCCCGAGGAUAUUCUCAUCGACAAAUACCGCAUCUCCGGAUUCCCUGGCACCCGUCUCGAAGACACUCUUCGUUCCCGCGGUAUCGACACCCUCAUCUUCACUGGCGUAAACACCGAUCAAUGCGUCAUGUCCUCCUUCAUCGAUGCAAUGAACCUUGGAUUCGACGUUAUCAUGCUCGACGAUUGCUGUGCGACGACGAGCCCUAUUGGACAUCAUUCGGCGUGUGUGGAUAAUGCGGAGAGUUUCAUGGGAUUCGUUAGUAAUGUGGAGUGGGUCGAGGAGGGUGUUGCGAAGCUUGGGGCGUAGGGGUGUCAGUCAGGUAUGGGAGGGGCACGUUUUG